AUGCAGGAGCUGUGCCUGGAUCCACCAGUUGCCCAGCCCUGGGAUGGGCAGGACAAAGCAUCCCACGAUGAAGGACUUGGGGAGCUCAGCCGCGGCCGCUGGAUGAUGAGGACCGAGCCUGACCCUCCAUCCCCACCGAGUGCCCAGCCUGGGGCCAUGGAGGCUACCCCUGAGCCUGGGGGCGACCCCGCUAGCCCAGAGCCCCCUGCUAGCCCAACGCCGGCAUGUCGGACAGGGCCAAGUGGCAUGUCGGAGCAUUUGGGGGACAGUGCCCCAGCUCCAGGUGGGGACCUCUCCCAGCGCCUGGGAGAUGGUGUCCUGCUGCCGGCAGGGGCAGGCGACCGGGGCAGCGUGCCCAGGCUGAUGUGGGAGGCUACAGGUCCAAAAGCCCAGGGAGAGGAAAGGGAGCCUGGGGGGUUUCUCCUGGCAGGGCAGAGUGAGGGCUGUGAUGCUGGGGUGCCAGCAGAGGAGGAGGAAGAGGAGAGGCAGGGAGGCAUGGCUGAGCUUGCUGGGCAGAGCACCUCAGAUGUACCAGGAGCUGACUGUGAAACUGAGUGCUUGAAGGGUGGCAUGGGUGACGCGCCAGUGCUCCCUGGGGAGAAUACCCCGAGGCAGGAUGUGGGCAGCCCAUCCCAGCUCCCACCCGGCAAGGAGGAGAGCGCUGCUGGGGCCGGGCGUCCUGGUGGGGAGGGCGUCCCGGUGCCCGCUGCAGAGGGAGCAGGCAGCACCUCUGCCUGCACAAACGGCAGUGCUGGGGCUGAGAGCGGCCUGCUGGGUGCUGGCGAGGAGCUGGCGAGCAGCGCAUGGGAAGGGGCACCCCCGGAGAGCCACGAGCCCCCGCUGCCCCUGGAGCUGCUGUGCCGCAGUGCAGAGCAGGCCAGUGCCGGGACCCUGAGCCAGGCCAGCCCAGGCGCCGAGGAGAGUUGGGACGCGCUGUUCAACGACGAUGGGGACUGCCUGGACCCGCGCCUACUGGAGGAGCUCUCGGGGGGCGAGAAGCGCCAGGAGAGUCGGCAAUCACCCCGCUUCGACUAUUACGGGGCCGAGCCUGCUGCACCGGACCUCAGCGAUGCCGAACUGCCCCACGUCAUUGAGAUCUAUGAUUUCCCCUCGGAUUUCCGCACCGAGGACCUGCUGCGUGUCUUCUGCAGCUAUCAGAAAAAAGGCUUUGAUAUUAAGUGGGUGGACGAUACGCAUGCCCUGGGCAUCUUCUCCAGCCCCAUAACAGCACGUGAUGCCCUCAGCACCAAGCACCUGAUGGUGAAGACUCGCCCGCUUUCCCAGGGCACCCGCGCCUCUAAAGCCAAAGCCAGGGCGUACUCUGCCGCCCUAGCCAGGCGGCUGGUGAUCGGUGCCCUGGGGGUACGCAGCAACCAGACGCCAGCCCAGCGAGAUGCCGAGCGGAGGAAGCUGCAAGAAGCCCGGGAGAGGAAGCGCCUGGAGAACAAGCAGCGGGAGGAUGCCUGGGAGGGCCGGGAGUGAGUCAGGAGGCUGCACCUUACCCUGCUGGGAACCUCUCUGCGGGCAGGCAGGGCACCCUGCAUCUCGGAGCGG